UACAAUCUAGUAUGCAUAGUUACGCUCCAUGUAUGAGCUACUGUAAAGCAUUUCACUUUAAGCACGUAAUAUCUGUUUUCUGUUUUUAUCAGGUGCACGUAUCUCUCUCCUCGUCUGUGGCUGACCACUGUAGUACAUACGCUUUGAGCGAUGAAAAAGAGCCUUUGUUCAGCAGCCCAUGUGAUCAUUAUCAUGGUAAUUCAUGCUCUCAAUGCGAAGAAUUGAAAACUAAAAUAUCUGACAUCCAGGCAUACUUACAACGAGAAGAUCUGGGACUACCAGAAGAAGAGUUGGAUGACUUGCGCCAUAUUUGCGACGAGGCAGCUCAAAAUGUUCUGUCCUGGAAGGCCCAUCAACUGAGGAGCAAAAUUCAGGACACUGCCAGAAUAGACGUACUCGACCAACUAGACGAGUCAUCCGUCAUGAUCACCCAGGACUGGGCCAUGAAAUUUUUGCCACAGAAAUACCGUGAAUCUCAAACUGACUGGUUUGCAAAGAGGGGCAUUUCGUGGCACAUAAGUGUGAUUGCAAGAAAACAUCAGGGAAAUCUAAAGAGUCAGUCCUUCGUGCACAUUGUCAAAAACUGCAGUCAAGACAGCUCGGUGGUUAUCCGCAUCAUGGAACACGUAUUACGCACACUGAAAACGGAAAAUCCUGAACUCACCACAGCAUUUUUCCGGAGCGAUAAUGCCGGAUGCUAUCACAAUUCAACCAUGCUAGCUGCGUGUCGUUCUAUGGGGGCUGCCACUGGAAUCACUCUUUCUAGAGUGGACUUUAGUGACCCUCAAGGAGGGAAAGGCCCAUGCGACCGCAAAGCAGCCAGCAUCAAAGCACAUGUCCGCAGAUUUAUAAAUGAGGGGCACGAUGUCCAAACUGCGGAGGAUUUAGAAACUGCGAUGCUAUCAGCUGGAGGACUCACUGGGAUCAGAGUGGCUCUUGUUGAUUCAUUGGGGAUCAAAGAGAACCCCAUCAAAUGGGAUGGCAUAAGCUUGAUUAACAACCUACAGUACACGGGCACAACGAUAACAGUAUGGCGAUCCUACAACGUCGGCAGUGGAAAGACAGUCGACAAACAACUACCAAAAGCCACAACCAGUUUCAGUGGCACGUUACAACAAACAUUUUCAUCGGGGAACUUUGUGGAUUGCAGCAAGGGGGUGCGUCAGACACGCAGCCAGAAGUCUUCAGAUGAACAUUCUCUUUCUGAAGUGCCAGAGACAGCAGAGGGAGAUGCAGGGGUAGGUGUUUUCCAGUGUCCCAGUGAAGGAUGUAUCAAGGUCUAUCAAAGAUACUCAGCCCUUGAAAAGCACCUGUCAUACGAAAAGUGUGAAUUGCUCCCAGAGAAAGCCACACUUCUUGACCAAGCGAAAGAAAUGUACCAUCUUAAAUUAACUGAAGGAAGGAGCGCAGGAGCGACAAGCCAUGAUGAGAGAACCGUUCCUCGGGAACUUGCCGCAAAUACCAGUCAGCUGGCGAGAGGUUGGGCGUUGAAGCAAACAAAAAAAUCCGGGCGCCUCAGUGAAACCCAAAAGAAGUACCUUAAUGAAAAGUUUAGUAUCGGGCAGCAAACCGGUCACAAAGUGGAUCCACUGUCGGUAGCUCGCGACAUGCGCUACGCCAAAAAUGCCAUGGGUAACCGGCUGUUCACCCGAGAUGAAUUCCUAAGUGCACAACAAAUACAGUCCUACUUUUGUCGGCAAGCUGGGAAACUACGCCAUCAACAUGCAGAGGAUGACAGUAGUGAUCGCGAGGCUGCUGUCGACCAACAGCAGUAUUGGGACACUCGGACAGAAGUUCUACGAGAAGUUCAGCUCCAGCAUCCUAUCACUUAUGACAAUCUUGAUCUUUGCACCUUGUAUCAUGCGAACAGGCUGAAUCAGCUUAGUGUUACCGUGUUAAAGUACAUUUGCGAAUACUUCGAUAUAAACAAGGAGCAACUAACGCUUCGCAGGAAGACGCCUUAUAUUA